AUGGGAGAUGUAGUUCUUUUGUGGAGCAGCCGGCCAGCAGGCCGAAACUUCGGGGAUAGAUGGCCCCGCCCCUUCAGGCAGGCCCGGGCCCUCGCGCAGACCACGCCCCCUCACGCAGACCACGCCCCUUCACGCAUGUCCCGCCCCUCGCAACAUGUCUUAAACCAAAAGGAAGCGCCUGCUACAAAUUCCAGUCGCCUUUCGGAGGACGGAGCCACAUCCCUGGGAGUAGGAGAAGGGCAGGCGUCUCAGCCACAGCAUGAUGUGCCGUAUUUCAGAACAAUCCUCCAGUCAGAAACUGACAGAUUGACCUCGCACUGCCUGGAGUGGGACAGGAAGCUGGACCUGGACAUUCCUGAUGAUGCUAAAGAUCUUAUUCGUACAACAGUGGGUCAAACAAGACUCCUUAUUAUGGAAAGGUUCAAGCAGUUUGAAGGACUGAUAGAUAACUGUGAAUAUAAACGAGGUGAAAAGGAGACCACCUGUUCAGAUCUGGAUGGAUUUUGGGAUAUGGUUAAUUUUCAGGUCGAGGAUGUAAACCAAAAGUUCAACAACCUGGUCAAACUUGAGGAAGCUGGAUGGAAAAACAAUAAUAAUCCAAGCAAAAAAGUCCUCCGGAAAAAGAUUGCGCCUGGUGGAACAAACAGAACAAAGCAGGAUGAUGCAGGAAGACUGGCUGCUAGAAACCGCCUCGCUGCCAUAAAGAACGCGAUGAAAGCGAGGCUGAAGCAGGAAGAGCAUGCGCCAGUGGCAGCCGUGGAGACACCAAAGGAAGUCGACAAAAUAGUGUUUGAUGCUGGGUUUUUCAGAAUUGAGAGUCCUGUUAAAUCGUUUUCAGCACUUUCUUCUGAGCGUCGUUCUCAGAGAUUUGGAGCAGUCAUACCUGCCAGCAGAGUCAUGCCUGAGAGCCGGGCUGCAGGGGACCUUCAGAGACAAAGGAGAUCGCUGGAGAAUCCUGACCCUCAGAGCAGCACGCGUGAAGGGGUCAAUAAGACAUUGUUUUCAGACACCCUUGAAAGCAGGUCCAGCAGAGCAGACGACACUUGGUGUCCUGGAGAGCAAGAGUCAAGUGCCCUGGACCAUGUUGUAAAUAAGAUAAAUCCUGCCGGUCGAGUGGCCGGUGACGCCAAGCAGAGAGAAGUGCAGUCUGAUGUGGAAGGCAUGGAGCUACAGUCUACCUCCCAAGAUGUGCUGAUGAGUGACCCUGAGAAGAGCUCCCCCUCACCAAACGCCUCCCAGGAAGACUCCAGAGUAUGCCAGUCAGAACCAUUACAUAGACAGCUCAAUUGUGAACCCCAACUUCUUGAUCCACCAGCCCUAAGCAACGCCAGUCCCUGCACACAGGUGGAGUCCAGACAGCAAGGUCGUGCCAGACACAUCUCCUUUGGGGGUGACCUCAUCGUCUUCUCACCUGUGAGACUCCGCAGUCAAAAGCACCAGGAGGGUUUUUGA